CCAAAGGAGAACAAGUGCGUCUGUGUUAUAUUAUAAUUUUCAAUUCAAACGGUGGGGAUGGCAUCAUUUAGGCCUGCUCCUCUUCAUUCGUCACCGUAGUACUCGGCCCUUCUACACUCUGAGAAACCAAUUUAACAACAACAGCUUCAAGGGGCUCCUCCAAACACCACCGAUGGCCUCCACGACGUCGUUUGCCUCCGGUAUCAGUCUUCGUCUUCCGCAGUCCGUUUCUUUCGACCGUUGUAAUUCAAAUGCUCUGUUUGCUCGCCCCCAGCUCUCUCUCAGCUUUAAUUCCAAACCCAAUUCCUUGAGGGCCUCGAAGUCCCUGCAAUUGAAGCGAAAUGGUCAAUUCGCUAUUGGGUUGCCGAGAUUUCGUCGGAGUUCCAGACCGCUUGUUGUUCGCUGCGAAGCUUCGUCUGGAAGGAUUACUCAACAGGAAUUUACGGAGAUGGCUUGGCAAGCAAUUGUCGCUUGUCCGGAAGUGGCAAAAGAGAACAAGCAUCAGAUUGUAGAGACGGAGCAUUUGAUGAAGACCCUUUUGGAGCAGAAGAAUGGGCUUGCUCGUAGGAUAUUUUCCAAAGUUGGGGUUGAUAAUACCCGUCUUCUAGAAGCCACUGAUAAAUUCAUCCAACGCCAACCCAAGGUUUUGGGUGAUUCAGCUGGUUCGAUGUUAGGACGUGAUUUGGAAGGCCUAAUUCAACGAGCCAGGGAAUACAAGAAAGAAUAUGGUGACUCAUUCGUGUCCGUUGAACAUUUGGUUCUUGGUUUCACACAGGAUCAACGGUUUGGGAGGCAGUUGUUUAAGGAUUUUCAGAUAUCCCAGCAAAAUUUGAAAUCUGCUAUAGAAUCCAUUAGGGGACGUCAGUCAGUUAUUGAUCAAGAUCCUGAAGGGAAAUAUGAAGCAUUAGAAAAAUAUGGGAAAGAUUUGACAGCAAUGGCGAGAGCAGGAAAGCUUGAUCCAGUAAUAGGAAGAGAUGAUGAAAUACGAAGAUGCAUCCAAAUCCUUUCUAGAAGAACGAAGAACAAUCCUGUACUGAUUGGUGAGCCAGGUGUUGGAAAAACUGCCAUUUCUGAGGGGCUUGCUCAAAGAAUUGUACAAGGGGAUGUACCACAGGCUUUAAUGAAUCGUAAGCUAAUAUCGCUUGACAUGGGUGCACUCAUUGCUGGGGCAAAGUAUAGGGGAGAAUUUGAGGAUAGGCUGAAGGCAGUACUCAAGGAGGUAACGGAAUCGGAGGGCCAAAUCAUACUAUUCAUUGACGAGAUCCAUACAGUUGUUGGGGCAGGUGCUACAAAUGGCGCUAUGGAUGCAGGAAAUCUCUUGAAGCCUAUGCUUGGUCGGGGAGAGUUGCGUUGCAUCGGUGCAACAACUCUUGAUGAAUAUCGCAAGUAUAUUGAGAAAGAUCCAGCACUUGAGCGUCGUUUCCAACAAGUUUAUGUUGAUCAACCUACUGUUGAAGAUACAGUAUCAAUAUUGCGGGGACUGCGUGAGAGAUAUGAAUUGCAUCAUGGAGUCCGCAUAUCCGACAGUGCCCUUGUGGAAGCUGCUAUUCUGUCUGAUCGUUAUAUCAGUGGGCGAUUUUUACCUGACAAAGCUAUUGACCUAGUUGAUGAAGCUGCUGCAAAAUUGAAAAUGGAAAUUACUUCAAAACCCACUGCCCUUGAUGAGAUCAAUCGUUCAGUAUUGAAACUAGAGAUGGAAAGGCUUUCUCUUACAAAUGAUACAGACAAAGCUUCUAGAGACAGGUUGAACCGCCUUGAGACUGAGUUGUCUCUCUUAAAGGAGAAACAAGCUGAACUGACUGAGCAGUGGGAGCAUGAAAAGUCUGUUAUGACACGCCUUCAGUCUAUCAAAGAAGAGAUAGACAGGGUAAAUCUUGAGAUCCAGCAGGCUGAACGAGAGUAUGAUCUUAAUCGGGCUGCUGAAUUGAAGUAUGGGAGUUUGAACACUUUGCAGCGCCAACUUCAAAGUGCAGAAAAAGAGUUAGAUGAGUAUAUGAAGUCGGGAAAGUCUAUGCUGAGAGAGGAAGUUACUGGAAAUGACAUAGCUGAAAUUGUUAGUAAAUGGACUGGUAUUCCUGUUUCCAAGCUUCAACAAUCAGAGAGGGAGAAGCUUUUACAUUUGGAAGAAGAGCUGCAUAAACGUGUUGUGGGUCAGGAUCCUGCUGUGAGAUCAGUAGCUGAGGCUAUUCAGCGAUCAAGAGCAGGUCUAUCAGAUCCUCACCGCCCAAUUGCUAGUUUCAUGUUCAUGGGGCCAACUGGUGUUGGAAAGACAGAACUAGCUAAAGCCCUUGCUUCAUACUUGUUCAACACAGAAGAAGCACUUGUACGGAUUGAUAUGAGUGAAUACAUGGAAAAGCAUGCAGUUUCAAGAUUGAUCGGAGCCCCUCCAGGUUAUGUGGGGUACGAAGAGGGAGGACAGCUGACAGAGAUAGUUCGCCGGAGGCCUUAUGCUGUUAUUCUGUUUGAUGAGAUAGAGAAGGCACAUUCCGAUGUGUUUAAUGUGUUCCUUCAAAUUUUAGAUGAUGGAAGAGUAACUGAUUCCCAGGGUCGCACUGUGAGUUUUACCAAUACUGUCAUCAUUAUGACCUCAAAUGUAGGCUCACAGUACAUACUCAACACAGAUGAUGAAACCUUGCCAAAGGAGUCGGCAUAUGAAACAAUAAAGCAGCGAGUAAUGGAUGCUGCAAGGUCAGUGUUUCGCCCUGAGUUCAUGAAUCGGGUGGAUGAGUACAUAGUCUUCCAACCCUUGGAUCGUGACCAAAUAAGCAGUAUUGUUAAGUUACAGUUGGAACGAGUGCAAAAGAGGAUUGCAGACCGGAAAAUGAAACUUCAGGUCAGUGAUGCAGCCAUCCAGCUUCUUGGGAGUCUUGGGUAUGACCCGAACUACGGUGCUAGGCCAGUGAAGAGAGUGAUUCAGCAAAACGUGGAGAACGAACUUGCAAGGGGCAUUUUGAGAGGAGAAUUCAAGGAUGAAGACACAAUACUAAUUGACACAGAGGUUACUGCAUUUGCCAAUGGACAGCUGCCCCAGCAAAAGCUAGUCUUUCGGAAGUUGGAAACAAGUUCAGAAUCACCAUCUGAAGAGAAUCGAGAGGCCCUCUCUGAGUCUCUCUGAAAGUCUUCAUAUAUUCUAGUUUUCUCAUACAAUUUUGAUUCAAAAUAUUUAUUAUAAAAGGGAUAUUGCUUAAGUGUUGUAUACCCAACUUUUUGCUCAGAGAAAUUAUAAGCCCUCCAAUCCAUA